AUGUGCCGUCUGUUCCGCGGGACGGGCGAGACGAGGGAUGGCCAGACGACGGAUGGCGAGAAUGGACACAACGGCAUCUCAUAUCACAUUUUAGGGGCGCUCGAGGAAAAAUCAGUCGAGAAGCGAGACAUUUGUUUGCAGCUGGCCUCGAGUCCAAACGUCGUUGCUUUCACCACAAAGGGACCCAGCGAGACAAAGGUGCGGCACAUCGCGGACCACGAACACGAAAAGGCUGGACCGAUGCUUGUCUCCGCACGCUCUACGCUGUCGCCCACGCUUUCGUGCGUCUUGGUUCGGGCAGGCAGAGCAAGGGGAGAGCGGCCAUCGAUGGAUAUUACAGAUGUGAUUUGA